GUGAUGUGUGGUGAUACAGGAGCUGGCGGUGACACGGCCACGCCACAGUGCUCGGAGCACGCGACGGGACAGGACGGGACAGAGCGGUGCCGUGAGGAGCCCCCACACAGCACACUCGUCCCUGUCUGACCCGGAGCUUUUCUGAGUGUUACUCCUGCAGGUGACCUCGUGGAAAGACUGCGGGACCUGGUGGCCCGUGGCCUUCCCAAGGCUUCUCUUUUGCAGGAGCAGUCGCGGCCAGACUGUGGGACUUGCUGACCUGAAUUGUUUACAAGGAGUCUCCUGUCCCUGUAGCAGGAGCUCUCAAGACCAGAGUGCAGGACUUGCAGUCCUGCAGCCUUCCUGAGGCUUCUCUGUCAUGGGUGUCUUCAAGGCAAAACUGCACGACUUGUUGCCUCACAUCUUUCCCGAGGCAUCUCUCUAAAAGGUGCCCUCUAGGCCAGACUCUGCCAUGGAAGGCAGAUUUCUCAACCUCUUCAAAGUGUUCAGGAGGAAAAAAAAGAAAGGCGCUGGAGUUUCCCCACCACAACAGCCUGAAGAGCCUGAAGAGCCAAUGCAGGAUGGUGCAGCCAUGGACCGGACACAAGAGCAGGACACCGCCCGUGGCUGCUUCCGCAGAGCACUGAAGAUGUUGCGGAAGUUUGUGCUGAUUCGACGUAGAAACACCAGCACAGCAACAGAAGGCACAGCUGAGCCUGACUCCAGGCUGACCGAGAUCCAGGCAGAGCCUGAUGUCAGCGCAGAUUUGUCUGAAUGCUCAGAAGACUCUGACACUGCAAGGAAUGAUGACAGGGGAAAGGCUGACAUGGCAGGGACUGAGGACACGGCCAUGACAAUUGCUGACAUUGGAGAGAAUCAGGGCAUCACAAAUACUGACACCACUCCCACUCUGAGACAGGAACUCAUAGUGGAUUACUUCAAAGACCCUUGUGCUUCUUCUCAGCAGCACUUAAGCAACCUGGGGCCAGUGCUCGAGGCCUCCCAGGACUGCGUGUCCACUCACGCCAUGUUCACUGGGCCCCCUCAGUCUUUGAGGCCAGCACAGUGUGGCAGGGAGAGAAGCACUUCUUGGAGGAAGCUGGGGAGUUGCUCCCUUGGACAGCGCUCCAAGUCUUCACCAUGCCUCCCCCAGGUACCAGCCAUGGUGAAAAGCAUUCACAGGAGUCUGAUUUCCCAUGCCAUUGUGGAUGUUAGGCUGCAAAUUGACAUUGUGAGGUUGGCUGAAGAACACCCUGCUGACAUGGUGCUGACCCUCCUGCGCUGUGCCCCAACGUGUGACAGAGCUGCUGUAAUGAUGUGGAGAACCAUAGGCCCAUCUAAGUCAACAGUGGAGAAGGUGCUGCCAACUCUGCUCUGUGUGAUGGAGGACUGGCCUCUGCACAGAAUGUGCACCUCGGAUGGAGACAACAAAGAUGUUUUUGCCCUGGCUGCAACUCUGGCACUCCGGGCGAUUAUCCAGGUGCCCAAGUGCCAUGAGGCAAUGGACAUUUAUGCCCCCCACCUCCUUGUGGCUCUGUUAGUUCAAAUUUUCAACAGCACCAUGCAUGGAACUGAGGAGGUAGACAGCUUUUGGACACAAUGCCAGGCGGAACACAACCUUCAAACAAACCACAGCAGGUUUGCAGUGCAGACCAUGAAGUCCCUGCUCUUCCGACUGCGGUGUGACAAUGUGGUGAUGGCAAUGGUGCGCAAGCAUGGCUGGGACACGCUGCUGUGUGCUGACACCCACCACUAUGCCGUGGGUCUGCUGGCCAGGGAGAUGCGACAUAUCGUGAACCCCCUCUGUUCCCGCAUUGCAUGCUACCUGCUCCAGCUUCUAAACACGGAGGAGCCACGCUGGGACCUGCCCUUCCUGGCAUUCCUUGUGGAGGUCUUUGAGUGCUUUAACGUGAUUCAAUAUGGUGACAACAUCCUUAAGAUCAUGUCAAGGUACCUGCAGAGUGAGUGCAGGGAGAGGUGUCAUCUGGCGCUCAGAGGCCUUGUGCUGCUCAGCAAGGAUCCCUCGAUGGCCAGAAGAAUAUGCAGCCUGUCUCAAAGCCUCCUGGAUCUGCUGGGUGAUGCAGAUGGCGAGGUGGUUGGCAUGACCCUCUGUGUGUUCACGAAUGUGCUCCAGGACAAAGACGUCCUGAUAUCCAGCACCACCUCCUUGAAGCUGGCUGAAGCACUCUUGAUGCUCCUUGACAACGACAACAGUCAUGUGCAGGAGCUCUCCCUUGACCUCUUUGUCAAGACGAUGCAGUUGGUAGUAGAUGAGGGGAAAAAGCCGUUAAUGAAGAUUUUGAGCCAGAGCCUACUCCCACUGUUCUUGCACUGCCAUGAUGAGAGCGAGCAGGUGGCGAAGGCCUCUCGGCAAACGCUGCAUUGUGCGGUCGGGUUCUUGAAGAAGACAAAUCUCCAGCAGGUGUUGAAUACAGCGGAACUUUGGAACUUCGCCGAGUGCCUGCUGGCAGAGGACAGGAGCCGAGCGGCCGAGCACCUGCGCCAGGCCCUGCCGUACCUGGAGAGCCCACAGGAGCCCCUGCGAGAGGCGGCCGUCAGGUUCAUGGGGAUGGCCGGGCAGUACCUGAUGGGACAGAAGGAAGAACUCCAGCUCAUCUGUGAGGGCCUUGAUGCCCCAAGAGACAACACCAGCCUGUCUUGGUGUAACACUGGAAUUCAACCCCAGUUUGCCAACAGAGCUGAAGAAGUAGGGUCAUUAUUUGGAUCCAGGAAACCAAUGUCUCAAGAACACUACCAGGAGACACUGAAGAGGACACCACAUCCAAAUGUCGCUGGAGCUUUAGGCACAGCUGAUGCUGGGCACAGCUGAGCCCAUGGGAAGUUCACAUAGCUUCAGCCCUCUCCCUUCUUGAAGAUAGUUCUCUCCCUCCAGCUUUCAGACACUGCCCAUCCCCUUUUUUUCCCUCUCUCUCCCUUUUGACACCUCCAUCUCACCAGCCCUCAGACCAUGUCCAUCCCCAUGUUUUCCUUUCACUGUUCCUCCUGUUAGACAGCUGCAUCUCUCUAGCCCUCAGACCAUACCCAUUCCCUUUUCCCUCCCAGAUUUUUUCUUUCCAUUAAUAAACUGUUUGGCUCCUUC